UCAAAUAUCAGGUCAACGGUCAAAAUCUACGCUCUCCUCAAUAAUAAGUUCUAAUUUUGCGAGCCCCAAUGUUUUUGUCUUCCCCGUUCACAUCCACUCACACAACCAACCACUCUUUUUUCUCCUCAAAAAAUAAUCAUAUCAAAAAAAAAAACUCUUCUAUGGCAUUCGAAUUGGAUAACUCAGACGGGUUCGAUCGAAUACCCGACCCGUUAAUCCACAUAAUCUUCAACCAAAUCUCCGACAUCAAAACCCUAAUCCGUUGCCGUUCCGUUUCAAAACGGUUCAAUUCAUUAGUCCCACAAGCUGAUUCCCUUCUCCUCCGGGUCGACCGGGUCAUAUCCGCAUCCGAAUCCGACGAUGACGACGAUUCCAUCCUCAUUGCUUUCCUCAGAUCCAUCAUCAAAUUCCUUUCACCAAACAAACCCUUACAAAACCCGACCCGAUCUCAAAACUCACCCGCACAGAUCUUACGUGAAUUCGAGAAGAUCCGGAAUCUACAAAUUGAGCUUCCUUCAGGUGAUCUUAGGUUAGAGAAAGGAACGAUUAUUAGAUGGAAAGCUGAAUUUGGGAAAACCCUAAAAAGUUGCGUGAUUUUAGGGUUUCGCGGCGGGGGCGGCGGCGGUGGUGGUGGUGGUGGGGAUGGUGAGGUGGCGGAGUUAGGUGGUGGUGGUGGUUUGAAAAUGAGGGUAGUUUGGACAAUUAGCGCGUUGAUUGCUGCUUCAGCUAGGCAUUAUAUGAUGAUGGAAGUCGUAAACGAGCAUAAAGAGCUCGAAAACUUGUUAAUCAAGGACAGAGAAGAUGAAGGAAAAGUCGUAAUGGAUAAGAAAGGGUUGAGAGAAUGUAGAGAAUGUAGCGAAGAGAAUGAAGUAAACAAUGGGAGUAGUGGGAAUGGUGGUGUUGGUUUAUGGUGGAGGAAUAAUCGAACGACAGUUCCAGCUGUACGAAUGAGGAUGAGGCACGAAGCGAGGAUGGAAUUGUCCGGUGGGACGAAAAUGGUGGGAGCAACAUUGGUGGUUGUACGACCCAUUAAUGAGAGGAGUGAUGAGGUGGAGGAACAAAAUGGAGAUGUAGGAAUAGCGUUAGGGGCAUUUGGGGAAGAUCAAGUGUAUUCUGAAGCUGUCGAGAGGUUGCUUAAGAGUCGAAGUUAUAUUCUCGAGAUGAACUCUUUCUAGUAUCUUGACUAAUGUUCACUCUUGCUACUUAAAGGCAACGAGAAUGGAUAUUGAGGAUUCUAUGUCCGACCCAUUUGUGAUUGAGGAUAAUGAAUUGAAGAGACAUUUUUUCAAUGGAAUUUGUGCUGGCUAGAUGAUGAAGUACAUAUAGAAGAUACUGAUUGUUAAAUUUGUAGGUUUGAUUACCUUAUACAUGCUUAUUUGGGAUAGAGGAGUAGCAAGUUCUCAACACUUCGCUUCCAAUAUAACGCAGCCUGUAAAGGGUUAAAAUGGCGACUAUUUGAAAUCUCGUAAAAAUGGGAAUGUAGGGAAGAAGCUGAGGUAAACAAUGGGAGUAGUAGGAAUGGGGUUGGUUUGUGGUGGCGGAGCAAUCGUACAACAGUCCCAGUUGGACGAAUGAGGACGAGGCACGAAGCGAGGAUGGAACUGUCCGGUGGGACGAGAAUGGUGGGAGCCCAUUGGUGGUUGUCCGACCGAUUAAUGAGAGGAUUGAUGAGCUGGAGGAACAAAAUGGAGAUGUAGAAAUAGCAUUUGGGGAAGAUGACGUAUAAUGUAAAGCUGUCGAGAGGUUGCGCAAGAGUCGAAGUUAUAUUCUCGAGAUGAACACUUUCUAGUGUAAGGUCUAUAUCUCAAUUGAAUUAGGAUUAUUAUCAUCUAGAGUUUUCUCGUCAUUUGUAACUAUCUCUAUCUCUAUUGUUAUUUGUACAGUUAUAUGUGAUUUGUACAAGUCAUUUUAAGACAUGGCAUUGCGUGCGAAGGAAAGAAGAGUCUAUAUCUUCUACUGGUGUUUGGGGCGGUGAGAAUUGAACUGAAACUUUGUCUGAGGAUUACUUGCUUUCACCAUGCCAUUGUGCUAUUUUACCCUCUUUUUUGUUGCUAUUGUACUCUAUCUUAUCAAAACUAUCUAAUCUUAUUUUGUAGU